ACCACCCGCAAAACCCUUAUAUUGUUGACCAACCCCCAACUACCCCUGUAAACCCCCACCAGAGGUUCUCUUAAGCGCUGACACAUACUCGUAGUGCUUUAUAUCUCGUUCCUUUUACUUAACACGGGUACUUCCAAUGGUCACGAAAUCUGAUCACAGUAACCCUUUAGCCGUUACUAUACCAUAUCAAUUUACAUCAGCUGAUGACUAUCCGACAGAAGUCCUCGCCAAUCGAUUCCAGGCAUGGCGAUACAUCAUCAAGGAUCUCGUGAGCUACUUGCGCGAGUAUGCUUCCGUGCAAGAGGAGAUUGUUCGUCAGCAAAUCCGUUUGCAACAGGCGGUAGGUAUCAGUGCUAAAUCAAUAGCUGUCACGGCAGGUUCCCAGGCCGACGCCCAUGGCCACUCCCACGGGUCAGCACAUCGUUCGGGUCCCACCUCCUCCAAUAAAGAGGUGGAUAUCAGUGAAAUAAACCGGUAUUUCUUACCUAUCGGUAACGGGUCUAUCCAAGACUUGCCCACCAUUUUAACCAAGUACCACCAACAGAACGUUGCAACCACCAACAAGACCUUAAAGGAGAUCACCACCGUGAUUGUCCCCAAGUUGGAGGAGUUGAGAAAAGACUUGUUGAUGAAGAUAAAGGAGAUCAAAAACUUGCAGAACGACUUCAAGAACAACUUGAGCAAAGAAGUUAAUGAGACCAAGAAUUUGCUCAACCAGUACUACCAGGCGGUUGAUAUUUCCAGUAAGUUGGAACACGGCUCGGUUCAUCAUUCGGGGGAUGCGGCUGAGCUGUUCAAAUACGAUCCAUACCUUGUGAAGAUAAAGUUGGACAGACAGUUGAAAAAGCAGUUGCAGGAAGAGAACUACUUGCACCAGGCCUACGAGAAUUUGCAAGAGAGUGGUCGCAAAUUAGAAAGUAUCAUUGUCAUUGAACUCCAGAAUUACUGGGGGAAUUUUUUGAACAUGUUAUCUGCUGAGCAUGCUUCUUUUUCCAACUUUUUGUUGCCCAACUUGAAUAACGGCUUUUUGGCCAAAGAAAGCACUUUUGAGUGGGAUUCGUUUAUCGCCAAAAAUUUACCCUCUCCUUCCAUCUCGGUCAAUGCCGUGGGGAACUCGAACUCGUCCAUCAAAAAUGGUACGUUUAUUGACUUGAACUUCCACUCGAGAAAGUUCAGCGACUUGACUAUAAACAACUACAGCUCGCCAUUGAACAUGUCUGUGCGUGAAGGCUACUUGGAGAGAAAGUCGAAGUUCUUGAAGAGUUACUCCAGAGGUUGGUAUGUGUUGACGUGCAACUUCAUUCAUGAGUUUAAGACCUCCGAUAGAAAAAAAGAUCAGACUCCAGUUACCUCCAUUCUGUUGGAUAAUUUUCAAGUCAAUGAUCACACUAAGAACAAUGGCAAGUCUGAUAACAGCUAUAAGUUCAUAUUGAGCUCGAAACCCAACGGAAUCAUUCACAGAAGUCAGACCUGGGCAUUCAAAACUGAUAGCUACGAAAAUAUGAUUGGAUGGUACAACGAUAUCAAUAAUUUGGUCAGUUUGCCCAACGCGGCUGCUAGGGCCCGGUUCUUGAGUAAGAGGUUGAAUUUGAAUAACACUAAUCCAAACUUGGUGAGAAUUCAAUCGAAGGUUUCUCGGGCUUCAAGUAUCGUUACCAAUGGUACUCAUGCCAAGUCCCUAAAGACGGUGGAAUCCAAUAAAACUAGGAUCACCGGUACCACCAACACGGAGAACAACCAGUUAAGCUCAACCUUUUCCAAUACCAGCCAAGUGAAAAGCCCCAAGUUAAACCACUUGAUCAACAGUGAUGGAACAAUUUUGACCCCAGUAGAUACCAACGAGAGACAGUCUCAUUCGCAAACACCAUUGACUUCUACUCCUUAUGUGCAACCACAGCAGCAACCCCAUCCUUCUACACAACCAGGUACUGAAGGGUUCUACCAAAUUCAACCAAUUCUUUCGCAGCCGCAACCAGUUGAAGCUAUUCCCACCCAUGACUCCCAAAACAUGGGUCAGUCGAGAAGCCUUCAAUACCAGAUUCCUUCUACGCAUAUACAGCAACCUACUCCUCAACAGCCUCAACAGAUUCAACAGUCCAAAGGAAAUGGUAUAAUUGGAUUACCUCCAAACUUUAUUAAUUUUCAACAAGGUUACUACAUGAAUGCUAAUGGUCAACAAGUGCAGCAGUUUUAUGAUCCUAUCCAGCAGCAGUAUUAUACCAUUACUCAGCAACCCAACCAGGGACCUCAGCCUCAGUACUUUCCUGCCUCACCACAACCUCAAUUCCCGUCUUCACCGCAGCCCCAAUUCGCUUCUUCACCACAGGCUAACCAAGGGUAUUUCUUCAUCCAGCCGGGCCAGGGCCAAGGGCAGCCAGUACCGGCUCAGCAGGGUCAAGCCUUAAAGGGAGACUAUGCUUUUGGAGGCCAGUUACCUUAUCCCACCGAAAAUGAUCUCAAUGGACAUGGUGAACCUCAGCACCAUCAAAAUGGUGAUGAAACUCACCAAAAUGGCCAACAUUUGGAUCAAGACGAAAAAAACGGCCACAUCUCCAAGCCUGAUGUGACCACUGAUACAACGGAUGCUACUUUGAAGGAUAAUAAGAGUGAAGCGAGUAUCAAGGAACAACCUCAAGCAUUUGAACACCAAAUAUCUCAACUCAGCAUAUAGUGAGGUGAGACAAAAUUGUCUAUAGACAAAAUAAAUUUCAAAGUGAUUAUAAAUUAAUGCUAAAUGUACAUUUAUAUAAUUCGGAUUUCGUUCUUGUGUAUAAAAGGUAAUUAUUUAAACAACCACACCCGAGUUAGAAGCAAUACGUGGCCACAAGUCAGCACAUUCUUUAGCAACAGGUCCAGUAAUGGCAGAACCCUUCAUUUCUCCCUUAGGGUUCACAAUGACACCGGCAUUGUCUUCAAAGUACAAGUAGACACCAUCCUUUCUUCUCCAUGGUCUAGAUUGUCUGACAACAAUAGCUGGCAUAACCUUCUUUCUUAAUUCUGGCUUACCCUUCUUGACGGUAGCCAUGACCAUAUCACCAGCAGAGGCAGCGGGCAAUCUGUUCAAUUUAGCACCGAAUCCUUUGACGGCCAAGAUGUACAAGUUUCUAGCACCGGAGUUGUCACAACAGUUUAAAACGGCACCGACUGGCAAACCCACUCAUACGAAAUUUGUUACCUGAAGACAUGAUUAACUUCUUUAAUUAGUAU